UCCUUGCGCAUCCCUAGAACGCACUUCGCUCUCAGCAAAGAGACGUGUGGGUUCCCAGUAGUGUGUUUUCACUCGGGAUUGAGUAAACGCGUUUCUGUUGUGUAUCAUAAUAUCUCGUGCAUGCGGCUUAUAGAUAGGUUACCCACCAGCACCAACAGAAAAUCUUGAAUAUAUCACUUGACCUAUAAAAGUUGAUAACAAAACAAAAUUUCUUUUUUACGAUUCAAAAUCCGUGUUUUUAUUUUCAUAUCCAAGAUAUUUUAUGACUUUUAAAAAAGUGAUAAGUGUAAAGUGUUUUUUUAUAGUUUGACUAUAUUAAUAAAGUGCUUUCUUGUUAAUACUGUGAUGAUGCAAAACAGUGAAAUUAGUGAUUGAUAUGACAAUGGACAACUUUAACCGCUCACCUUAAAAGUGUAUGUGUGUGUGUAUUCUCAAGAGAAAAAGUAACCAAAAUCUCAUAAUCUGAUCAGUACACAUUGGACUAUUUGAAACAUGGCUCAGGUUUAAGAUUGGUAACUUUAUUGGAAUUAGCCUGUGUUGAGAGCUUUCGGUCCCUUUUCCUCCCCAAAAAAAAAAAAAUCCACAAAAUGCAUACCCUCUUUGGUGAACAAAAUGCCUAUUAUCGGCACGCGACAGCAGUGCCUGUAGGUAUGGGGACUCCUUCUUACCCAAGCGUCGGCGCCACACCCGGAUAUUACGAACAAUAUCGCUACGGGAGUUAUGCGACGGCCGCUGGCUAUCCAGUUACGGGGAUUUCCCAACAACAAUUUCAUCAUCCUGGAAAAGAUAUGGUGAAGCCACCUUUCUCCUAUAUUGCUUUAAUAGCCAUGGCAAUACAACAUGCUCCAGACAAGAAAAUUACCCUCAACGGUAUCUAUCAGUAUAUAAUGGAAAGAUUUCCCUAUUACAGAGAGAAUAAACAAGGCUGGCAAAAUUCAAUCAGACAUAAUCUCAGUCUUAAUGAAUGUUUUAUUAAAGUACCACGAGAUGAUAAGAAACCAGGAAAAGGAAGUUAUUGGUCACUAGAUCCAGAUAGUUAUAAUAUGUUUGACAAUGGUUCUUAUCUAAGAAGACGAAGACGUUUCAAAAAGAAAGAUGCAUUAAAAGAAAAAGAAGAUGCAAUGAAACGACAAGGAUUAGUACAAGAGAAACGUUCUGAAGAUAAUAAAACAAAUUUAAGUGUUUUAUCAUCGACUGAUAAUUCGACGAAAAAAAUUUUAGAAUCAGGACUUUGUAAACCAAAAAGAGAACCAAUUAACGAUCCCAGUGGUUCACAUUGUAUGAUUAGUAAAUAUGCUCACACACCAAUUCAGGAUAAUAAAAAUUCAACAACACAAAGUGUUAUACAAAGUGCAUUGGGUCCACAUUCUGUACAUCAGGUGCAUCAGGAACCUAUUCAAGAUGUUGCAAUGGGAUUGGAUCCAACCAGUUUUAGUGUUGAUGCCUUGAUGACAAGUCGAGAAAAUGGUACAAUGAUGAACAAUUCAACGAGGGAUCAUCAACAUCAUCAUCCUUCUCAUCAUCAUUCACAUGGACUUCAACAUCCACAUGGACAUCCACAUUCCUUAAUGUCAGCAGCAGCAUCAAGGGAUGCAAUGGGUGGAGGUAUUGGUAGUAGAGAUAUUUCCAUAGCAGCAACAACGACAACAACAACAACGGCAGCAGUUGCAGCAAUGAUGGCAUCGUCGGGAUAUGGCCAUGUGUCAACGACAAGAGGUGGAAAUCCUUCACCACCCAGUUCGAUGUACGCUCCUUAUUGUCCCUCUGGAUAUAUUAUGGAUCAUGCUGAAUAUAAUUCUUCAUCGUCUAGAAAUCCUAAUAAUACAGGACAUACCCAGUGGUAUCAAGAAGCUGCAAGUCCCGAUGCUGCUACCAUUUAUCAAGAGACACAGUCACCAAGCUGCCAACUUUAUAGGUCUAGCCCGCCAACAUCUCUUUCUUCAGGCGCAGCACCAUCUCCACCUUUAUAUCAUAGAUAUUAUCAAGACUGUAAUGCUGUCAAUGCAAGUGGAAAUUUACCAAUAACGUUGCAUAAAUACUGAGAAUACCGAAAUUCAAGGUCUCAUCGAGACCUUGAAGGUACUAUCAAUCAUUAUGAUCCUAAUCUUGUUUAUGUAAAACAAGAAUGGAUUCCAGUCCAUACAUCCGAAGAACUAUCAAAAGAAUGGAACUAAAAAUUUUUAUUAAUUCAAAAAAUCUAUUGCCUCCUUAAUUUAUAUAUAAAAAAAAAUUACUAUUUAUUAUUAAAUGAAACUUCUUUUCAUAAGCAUACUCCUAACGAAAAAAUUGAAAUAACUAUUUUUUCCAAAUUUAAGUUGAAAAAAAAAAAUAUUUCCAAUCUUUCAAUCAUAAAUUUUCUUCAUUUACAACAAUAAAUUUUUAAAUAUUGAAAUAAAUUAUUGAAGAAAAUGUGUAUAUAUUGUACAUAUGAAAAUUUUUAAAAAGUGACGAAUUCUCUUGCAAUACAUAUAUAUUACUCAUAUAUGUAAAGAUACGAUUCGCAUCACCUGAGCAAAUGUCUUUCCUGACCUUACACAAUCGGUAUAUUCAAAUUUUACCGUAAAAUUGUAUACUAUAUAUUAUUGAAUUUGUAAAAAAUUUGAUGCGGUCUGGCUUUCGGCAAAUAUUUUUCUGGUCUCAAUACUCAAAAAACGUUAUAUAGGAAAUAUAUAAAUGAAGGAAAAAAAUAUGAAAAAAUAAUCAUUUUAAUAAUAAUAUCAAUCGAAAAUAUUUAUUCCUUAAAAAUCUUAGACAAUUGUUCAUAAUAUUUCCAGUUCCUUUUUUUUGAUUAUUUUCUUCUUUGUUUUUUAAUAACCAAAAUUCUAUUCUAAAUCAUUUUUUAAGAAUGAUAAAAAAAAAUUGUAAAUGUUUAUGUAAUAUAUGGAAAGCCAUGUCCUCUUGUAAAAAGUUAAAUUUUAUUGUUAAAACGUAGAUCAGUUAUCAGAAUUCAUUUUUUUUUUAAUAAUAAAAAUUAUUGCACGGUAGAAAAUUUAUUUAAAAAAAAAAAAUAUAAAUAAUACCGUCAAGGAAGAUUUAUAUUUAGUCUUUAAAAAAAAAUCCAGUCGGUUAUGUGCAUUUAUCGAAAUAUGUCAAAUUCACGGAUAAUAUUUGAAGAAAUUCAAAUUUGUGAUUUUUUCAUUUUCGAAAGAGAGCUGAGAUAUAUUUAUUGAUACAUAAUUUAGUAUAUAAAUUAUAUAUAUAAGAAAAUAAUGUGAAUAGAUAAGACGCGUUAGCUAGGUACAUUAAAAUUAUAUAUAUAUAUAUAUAAAAAAAAAAAAACUUGAGUAGCAAAAUUUUGUUUUAGACUCCAAAAAGUUUUGUAAAAAUUUGGGAAAAAUCAUCUUUUAUGUAAUAUGCCCAGCAAAGAUUUUUCUCUAAUUUUUCAACUUUUUCAGAGUAGAUCUCUGCGUGUAUAUUUGAAAAAAAAAACUAUAAGUAUAUAUAUAUAUAUAUAGAUAAGUGUAGAUUGUAUAGAAUAUAAAAGAAAUAUAUAUAUAUUAAUAGAAAUGUAUAAAUAUAUAUGGAACCUUGUGAGACAUUAUAUAUUAUAUAAUUAGCAAAUAUUAUAUAAUAUAUAUAGUUGUUGACAACUUCAUAAAUUGUUCCCGAAAU